AUGUACCUGUUAAGACCACCCCCAUCAGUUUGGGCUCAGAAAUCAGAUCUUAUUGCAUUAACAAUAUGCCUGGAAGAAUGUAAAAAACCUGUUGUUGAAAUACAUAAGGAUAAAAUAUAUUUUAAGGGCACAGGAGGAUCAGAGAAAAAGACUUAUGAAGUUGAUAUUAACCUGUACAGCGAAAUUAAUCCGGAUGAGUCCUCCAGUAAUAUACUCGGGAGAGGUGUAGAAUUUUUAUUGAAAAAAAAGGAAGAGGGACCAUUUUGGCCACGUUUAACAAAAGAAAAAGUCAAAUACCACUGGCUCAAAUUGGAUUUCCAUAAAUUUAAUUAUGAAAAAGAUAGCGACUCAGAUGAAAACAACUUUUCCAUGUCUGAUGCAAAUUCGGUUAAAAUAGGAGAUACUGUAAAUGGUCCGGAUAAAGAAGAGAGAGAUGAAGAUUCUGAUGACUCAGAUUUACCAGAUCUGGAAUGA